AUGCAGGUUAUUGUGCAACUACUCCGUAGCGUAAACUCGUGGCGAAAAUCGAAUCGCAACCGUUCGCCCAAACGUGACCCUCCCCUCGCCAUCGCUUUCCUUUCCCACGCUUCCGCUCUCUUUCGCCCGCGUCGUCGCCAUCGCUUCCGCAGCUCGUCGCGUGCCCGUCGCCUUCGCUCCGCCCGUCGCCUUCACUUCUCCCCCGUCGCCUUCACUUCUCCCCCGUCGCCUUCACUCCCCCCCCUCUUCCGUUGCCUUCAUUUCCCCCUCCCGUCGCCUUCACUUCCCCCUCCCGUCGCCUUUACUUCCCCCUCCCGUCGCCUUCAAUUCCCCCUCCCGUCGCCUUCGUUUCCCCCUCCCGUCGCCUUCAUUUCCCCCUCCCGUCGCCUUCAUUUCCCCCUCCCGUCGCCUUCACUUCCCCCUCCCGUCGCCUACUGUCGGAGAAUCAUCCUCUGUUGCAUCCCGUGGCUUGCCUUCUCCUUCCUGGACUCACCCUCGCUCCCUUCUUCUUCUGAGCUCUGUUCCUUAACUGAAUAUAUUGCUAACAACAAUCUAUUCGGUGACACUACACUUCCCCCUCCCGUCGCCUUCACUUCCCCCUCCCGUCACACUCGCUUCCCCACCCGUCACCUUCACUUCCCCUCCCAUUGCCUUUCACUCUCUCCUGCUCAAUCUCUUUCCCCCUGCUCACUCUCUUCCCCCCUGCUCACUCUCUUUCCCCCUGCUCACUCUCUUCCCCCCUGCUCACUCUCUUCCCCCCUACUCACUCGCUUCCCCCCUCCUCAAUCUCUUCCCCCCUGCUCACUCUCUUCCCACUCUCUUCCCCCCUGCUCACUCUCUUCCCCCCUGCUCACUCUCUUCCCCCCUGCUCACUCUCUUCCCCCGUGCUCACUCGCUUCCCCCCUCCUCAAUCUCUUUCCCCCUGCUCACUCGCUUCCCCCCUCCUCAUUCUCUUUCCCUCUGCUCACUCCCCUUGUUCUAACCCCACUUUCCCCAUUUCUCACCCAUUUUCCCCCUUCACGCUCUCUUACCCCCUCUGCUCGCCCCUGUUUUCCCAACUCACGCCUAUACUCACUCUCUCCCCCCCUGCUCACUCUCUUCCCCCCCUGCUCACUCUCUUUCCCCUUGCUCACUCUCUUUCCCCCCUUCUCACUCUCUUUCCCCCUUCACGCUCUCUUUCCCUCCCUUCCGCCCGUUGCCCCCCUUCGUCUCGCGCUCGUCCCCUCGCAAUCCCCGUCUCUCUCUCCCCCCGUCGCCCUCGUUUUCCCCGUCGCCCUCCCUUCCACUCCUCGUUGCCCUCGCCAUCCCUCCCUUCUCCCUUCCCAUCUCGCACACUUGUCACGCCCCCUUUCCAACCCGCACAUACACCCUUCCCUUCUUCCCUGUUUCCUCGUAUCCCCUGCGCUGCUCCCCCCCAUCCUCCGACUUGCUCCCCCCAUCCCCUUCCCUGCUUCCCCCCAACCCCUUCCCUGCUCCCCCCCAUCCCCUUCCCUGCUUUCCCCCUUCCACUUCCCUGCUUCCCCCCGUCCCCUUCCCUCCUUCCCCCGUCCCCCUCCCAGCAUCCCCCCAUCCGCUUCCCUGCUCACCCCCAUCCCCUUCCCUGCUCCCCCCCAUCCGCUUCCCUGCUUCCCCCUAUCUCCUUCCCUGCUUCCCCCUAUCGCCUUCCCUGCUCACCCCUGCUCCCUCUGUUUGCUCCCUCCCCUUCUUCUCUGCUCACUCUCUUCCCCCUUGCUCACUCUCUUUACUUCUGCUCACUCUGUUCCCCCCUGCUUCCUCUCUUCCCCUCUGUUCAAUCUGUCCCCCGCUGCUUCUUCUCUUCCCCUCUGCUCAUUCCGUUUACUGUCUUUCCCCCUUCACUCACCCCCAUACCCCCCAAUGCAGUUACAGGAACGGAGGAAGGGAGGAAGUGAGGAAUGCAGGAAUGAAGGAAGGGAGGAAGUGAUGAUGGGAGGAAGGGAGGUAGGGAGGACGCUUGGGGGAGAAGCAGAAGGGAGGGGAGGAAGAGAGGCUGGGGAGGAGGGUGGGGAGGAGGGUGGGGAGGAGGGUGGGGAGGAGGGUGGGGAGGAGGGUGAGGAGGAGGGUGGGGAGGAGGGUGGGGAGGAGGGUGGGGAGGAGGGUGGGGAGGAGGGUGGGGAGGAGGGUGGGGAGGAGGCUGGGGAGGAGGCUGGGGAGGAGGCUGGGGUGGGGCGGAAUGGGGUGGGCCAGAAAGGGGUGGGGCGGAAUGGAGUGGGGCAGAAAGGGGUGGGGCGGAAUGGGGUGAGGCGGAUUGGGGAGAUGAGGGAUGGGGAGAUGAGGGAUGAGGAGAUGAGGGAUGGGGAGGUGUGGGAUGGGGAGGAGAGGGCUGGGGAGGAGAGGGAUGGGGAGGUGAGGGAUGAGGAGGUGAGGGAUGGGGAGAUGAGGGAAGGGGAGAUGAGGAAUGGGGAGAUGAGGGAAGGGGUAAUGAAUGAACGUGUAUGCGACGGAAGGGUGCUGCUGACCACGCACCCUCCCACACCCCACGCGAUGGGAAGGGAUGAGAGGGUGGCCGGCAUGGGUAGAGAAGCGAUGGUGAAUAGGGGGAACGUGAUGGGCAGGGGAGUGAUGACGACGUGGAGAGAGGAGGAGAGAAGGGAGGUCGGCGGGAAGGCUAAGCGAGGACGAUGGGAGGGCAAGCGUAGGCGACAGUGGCGGUGGGCGACGGUGGCGGUGGGCGACGGUGACGGUGGGCGACGGUGGGGAGAAGCGUGGGCGACGGUGGGGGGAAGCGUGGGCGACAGUGGGGGGAAGCGUGGGCGACGGUGGGGGGAAGCGUGGGCGACGGUGGGGGGAAGCGUGGGUGACGGUGAGGGGAAGCGUGGACGACGGUGGGGGGAAGCGGGGGCGACGGUGGGGGGAAGCGUGGGCGACGGUGGAGGGAAGCGUGGGCGACGGUGGGGGGAAGCGUGGGUGACGGUGGGGGGAAGCGUGGGCGACGGUGGGGGGAAGCGUGGGCGACGGUGGGGAAAGCGUGGGUGA